AGCCUUUCGGAGCAGGCAUGAAGCAAGCACAAACACAUUAACAUACAACAGAUGAGACGUCACAGCACCCUUACCUGGGAGUCAUUUAUUCAUUCAAGAACUAAUUCUAAUUCACCUACUCUUGAACCUGGGCACGUCAGGAUGAACAAACAGAAGUGGGCACUGGACACAUGUAGGUCAUUUUCUAACACAGGGGAGACUUCUGGGAUACUGGCAUCAUUUUAGGAUACCAGUAUGUCAGGGCCAUCCAGAGAGGGGUGUGGACCUGGACUUAUCAGCCAACGUGCCCAUGAAAAUCACACAUAUGGGAAGACUGCUCUGUUGGCAUCUCCCAUGCACAUUUUUGGACAGAAUUAUAAACAGAACUCGAGCGCCUGAAUUUUGAUGCUGUAAAAAAAUAGGAGUCUUGUCCCUUGCCCCAUGGUCACAAGCCCAUUUGGGUCUACCUUGCGGCACAGGGCAACCACCCCCUUGCCUUAUCUAACAGUCUGGCCUGUGAGAUGUACAUAUCACUAUAAAGCCUCACUGAGGGAUCAAGAACAUCGUGAGUUGUGAUGCCCAUGUGUUACAGAGCAAGAGUUUUAGAAGAGGGGCAAAGGGCAAUGGAGUGUGCCCACCAAUGAUCUCCAAGCACCCUGGUCUGGAACAUCAGGAGUUGGCAGAGCAACGGACACAGGAGGGGUGGGGGAGGGGCGAGAUGUUAGAGUGGCACAGUUGAGGAAGGCAGGGGGGUUUUCUUUCCUCUCUCAAGGUACAAACCUGCAUUUUAGAGUUUGCAGCCCUUCUUUGUGAUUACAUCACCACAGUAUCAAAAGGACUUUAGCCAAGGAUCACUGAGGCCAAUGCUGUGGAAGGAAGCCACAAAAAGGACACUAUCCGCAGGAUAACAGAUCAGAGAGACUAAAAAGGACACAGCCAGAGGUAGGCAGUUGUUCUCAGAAGUAGGCAGUAGCCACCCUUUAUGCAGCCAGCAUACACCUGGAGCUAAUCCCUGUGACUAAGGGUCUGUGUGUCAAGGAGAGCUGCUGCUGAUGGACACGGGCCCUGCAUCAGCCACUGAUUGACUAGGGCCAUGUCAGUGGGCACCUCUGUGAGAGAGACGGCCUCCUCCUUUCCUUCUCUACAGAAGAAACAAGUGGUUAUAUAUGAGACUAGCAGAGUGCUACAGACUUGGGCCCCCCAGAUGAAGGGCUUGAGGCUGGUACUGGUGCGAGCGUCUUCACGUGUCAGGUUGGUGAUCAUGCUGGUGUUGGUACUGAGUUUCCUGCCCAGCUUGUACUGUGACCUGGGAUCAGUAUAUUACUCAUCCUAUGAAAUAGUCAUCCCCAAGGCUCUGACAGUUGAGGGAAGGGAAGGCCCAGUGGAAAGGGCAUCUUAUGUGAUAUUUAUGCAGGGCCAGGAACAGCUGAUCCACCUGAAGGUGAAGAGAGACUAUUUUAUCAAUAACUUUCCAGUCUUCAGCUACCACAAUGGCAUCCUGGGACAAGAAAUGCCUUUCAUCUCACAUGACUGUCACUAUGAAGGCUACAUAGAAGGAGUCCCAGGUUCUUUUGUCUCUGUCAAUGCCUGUUCAGGCCUCAGGGGCAUCCUGAUUAAGGAGGGAAAAUCCUAUCGCAUUGAGCCCCUGGACUCUUCAAAAGAGUUUGAACAUGUGUUGUACACCAUGGCACAUCAGGCUCCAGUCUCCUGCAGUGUCACUUCCAAAGACAGUCAAGUGGUGUCCACCAGCCAGCAACAAGGGAGCAGUAAGCCUCGCGGCCUACAGGCGAUGUCCUACUUGUGGUCACUGAUCAAGUACGUGGAGAUGUUUGUCGUGGUCAACAACCAGCGGUUCCAAAUGUGGGGCAGUAACAUCAAUGAGACGGUCCAGAGAGUAAUGGACAUCAUUGCCCUGGCCAACAGCUUCACUAGGGGAAUAAACACAGAGGUGGUGCUGGCUGGAAUGGAGAUCUGGACCGAGGGGGACCUCAUAGAGGUCCCAGUGGACCUGCAAGUUACACUCAGGAAUUUCAACAGCUGGAGACAAGAGAAGCUCCUCCAUCGUGUGAAGCAUGAUGUUGCCCACAUGAUUGUUGGACAGCAUCCUGAACAGGGUAUGGGACAGGCGUUUCUCAAUGGUGCCUGUUCAAGUGGUUUUGCAGCAGCUGUUGAAUCCUUCCAUCAUGAAGACGUCCUCCUGUUUGCAGGGCUCCUGGUCCAUGAGCUUGGGCACAACUUGGGUAUUCAGCACGACCACUCGGCCUGCAUUUGUAAAGAUAAACACCUCUGCCUCAUGCAUGAAAAUAUCACUAAAGAAAGUGGCUUCAGCAACUGUAGCUCUGACUACUUCUACCAGUUCCUCCUGGAACACAGAGGGGCCUGUCUAUUUAAUAACCCUCAGCACAAAGGCCGCUUGCGUCGGGAUGUCACGUGUGGUAAUGGUGUGGUGGAGGGUAAGGAGCAGUGCGACUGUGGUCCUGAUUGUGCUAAUAACCGAUGCUGUGACAGAGCAUGCAGGCUGAAGGAUAGUGCAAAGUGUAUUCCUGGACCUUGUUGUAAUAUUGAUUGCAAAAUUGAAGCAAAGGGCACCAACUGUCGUCCUGCUAUUGACGACUGUGACCUCCCAGAGUAUUGUGAUGGUACCUCUGCAGAGUGCCCGGCAGACAGCUAUAAGCAAGAUGGUACAUCAUGCGGUAGACUUCACUAUUGUUUUGGGGGUCGGUGUAGGAACCCUGAUAAUCAGUGCGUGGCUAUAUAUGGGUACAAUGCACGGUCUGCCCCAGAAAACUGUUACAUUUCAAUAAACAGCAGAGGGAACCGGUUUGGAAACUGUGGCCAUCCUACCUCGGCAAUGCCAAGAUAUGUUAAGUGUUUUGAUGAUAAUGUAUUUUGUGGGAAAAUUAUAUGUACAAAUAUUAGAGAGGUAGCACCGAUCAAAUCCCAUCACACAAUGAUCCAGAUUCCCUAUGAAGGUGACUUCUGCUGGAGCAUGGAUUCCUAUAACACCACUGACGUCCCUGACGAUGGAGAUGUACACUCUGGCACUGCCUGUGCCCCAAACAAAGUCUGCAUGAAUUACUCCUGCCUUGAUGAUGCUGUGCUCAAGUAUGACUGCAAACCAACAGAAAUGUGUAAUGGGAGAGGAGUCUGUAACAAUUUAAAGCACUGCCAUUGUCAGGCUGGCUAUGCACCCCCCGACUGCAGAACUCCUGGAAAUGGGGGUAGUGUGGACAGUGGUUCUCCUGACAAAACAGACAAUGAAAAUCCAAGUGAGGGUGAAAGAAAACGUCAUAGUGUUGAUCAUGGUAAUUUUGGCAGAGAUAGGAGGAAUAAAGGUGAAAGUGAAAUCAUUGGCCCAAUAGUGUACCUAUUCCCCGUGCUUCUUCUAGCAGGGCUUUUAGUUCUAAUUAUUGCUUGCUGUAUUGGGACCGGAAAGGAUUUUUCACAGUGCUCAGAAGGGGACCUAGAAGAAACUAGAGAAGUAGUUGCACAAGGAGAAGGCAUAAGAGAGGAAAAACCAAAGGAAGCAAAUGUGUAG